AUGUCUGUGGCAACACUGGCAGUGUUCUUGGUGCUCAUUGCAUUUGGACACGGUGCUAAAGAAAAGCCGGAACUAAGCGAUGAAAUCAAAGAAAUAAUCCAACAUAUUCACAACGAGUGCGUCGGUAAAACUGGGGUCGCCGAGGAGGAUAUAACGAAUUGCGAAAUCGGCAUAUUUAAGGAGGAUACGAAAUUGAAGUGUUAUAUGUAUUGCUUGUUGGAAGAGGCGAGCCUCAUUGAAGAUGACGGUAAUAUUGAUUAUGGUCUGAUGAUCAGCCUCAUACCCGAGCAUUAUACCGAUAGAGUCUCCAACAUGAUAUUGCCAUGCAAGCACAUGGAUACACCUGAUAAGGAUAAAUGUCAAAGAGUAUUUGACGUUCACAAAUGCUCAUACCAAAAGGACCCUGAUCUUUAUUUCUUAUUUUAA